CUGACAUCAAACUAUUGCAAGACACCGGACCUUUUCCGCAUUCUCUCUUCAGCUUGACGUAGCCCAGACACGGACAACUGGAUUCCGAUGGGUAUGAUUGUGUUGUGGUGGACUGAUGGAACUUCAUGUUUAAGGCAAGAUAACUAGUAAUCAGCUCUCACCAUGGCGAUGUUCAAACCGGAGAACGUAGAAGACUUCUACAGUAUUGGUGAUGUUCUGGGAAGUGGACAUUUUGGCCUUGUCCGUCGGGUUACUGAGCUGACCUCUGGAACUCCAUGGGCUGGCAAAUUCAUGAAGAUGCGGAGGAACUCAUGCAGUCGCCUAGGUGUGGAUAAAAGCAAAGUGGAACAGGAAGUCGAGAUUCUUCAGGCUCUACAGCACCCCAACAUUGUUUUUUUGAAAGACGUCUUUGAAAGCAAGUCAGAAGUCGUACUUAUUCUGGAGAUUGUGAGUGGCGGUGAGCUGUUUGACUUCAUUGCUGAGAAAGAAAAUCUGCUGGAGAGUGAAGCUAUCGAGUUCAUGAAGCAGAUCCUCAAGGGCCUGGCCUUCAUGCAUUCCAAGAACAUUGCCCACUUUGAUCUGAAGCCAGAGAACAUCAUGCUAUCAGACAACAAGUGCACACAUCCCAACAUUAAGCUCAUUGAUUUUGGCCUGGCUCAUCGCUUCUACCAGGGGGAGGAGUACCAGAGCAGCAGUGGGACACCUCAAUAUAUCGCUCCUGAAUUGGUAAAGAGUGAGCCUCUGAGCACAGCAGCAGAUAUGUGGAGUAUUGGUGUCAUUACUUACAUACUAUUAAGUGGCUUGUCACCAUUCCAAGGUGACGACAAUAACGAGACUUUGAGGAACGUCAUUGCCGUGAAUUACCAGUUUGACAAUCACUAUUUUAGCCUGACCAGCUCGAUGGCUAAAGAUUUCAUCCAAAAGCUGUUGGUGAAGAAUCCAAGCGAGCGGAUGACAGCAGACGAGGGUCUUCUCCAUCCUUGGAUCAAGCCGAUUAAUGAGAAGCAGUUGGCAAGAAGAAAUCGUUCGUCCAUCAACAUGAAAAACUUUAGGAAGUUUAAUGCCAGGAGGAAAUGGAAGAUGUCCUACAACAUGGUGUGGAUGUGUAAUCGUCUCAGACAUUUAAAUGUCCUGAAGAAAAGCCACAGUGCAGAUGUAAAUGCGUCAGAGAGACAAUGUGAAAGUGAUGUCGAGGACAUGGAGAGCAAGCCUGCAUCCCUGCUGCGUCGACGCCUCAGCAGCAGUUCCUAAGAUCAGCUCACUAGAUCAGUAACAUCACCUUGUUUGCAUCCAUCCAGCCAUGUCAUCAGGUGUGUGGCGUACCUCCACAGACAAUUGUACUUGAGAACUGAGAAGUGUAUUCAAGUAGGAAUAUUUCCAUCUGCAUUCAGUUGCAUUUUUCUGACUGUUUAAUUGGCUCUUGUUUUUAACUAUUGGAUUGCAAACUGUGAUAUUUACCUUGAAAACUCACUAAAACAAACCAUGAUGACAUUGGAACAGUUCGUCUUGAGAAAUGGAAAUAUUGUGAGGCGUGGGCAAGAAUUACAAUUAUUCUUCACUCUGCUCCUUAAGCGCUAUACAUUCAUGGCCAGGAUCAGAAUACAUGUAUGAACAGUGUGGAGCCAUACAGAAACUCAACGUUUAAUAACUUAUUAGUCACAAACACGUACUGUACAGGUACAGAAAGUAAUCCAGAAUACAGGAAGGCAAAUAGGACUAGCAUGAGGGCAGAGUUGAUCUGGCACCCUCACCUGGAACUCUGGAUUCAAAAGGGAACGCGACCACCGGACAUUCAGACAUCCCAAAAGCUUGGUACCGAUUGCUGCAAAGCCAACCUUAGCCCUUUGACACUAACAACACCACUAAACUACUACCGGUAAACUGAAUUCAGCAGUCAAAAUAAAGAUCGUAUUGCAUGUUGCAUCGCAAAAUGCUCUACAAUAUGAAUGUUUAAAUGGAGUGGAUCACCCAACUGUAUAAAUCUCCUGGUUUGUCUUUCAAUAUUUCCUGUCAGGGAUGGCCACAGCAAGGCAGCCUACUCCACCUUACCGCCAUUGACCUUCCUCCCUAGUCAGGCUGAUCCUCUUCAUAUCCUCCUUUAUCACAUCCAUGAACCUCAAUUGUCUUCUUUCCCGUCUUCUUUUGCCUGGUACCUCCGUUUCAACAUUAUUUGUCCAACAUGUCCUGUCUUUGUCUCCAAACUUCUCCAUAAGUUGUCCCUCUUAUAUACUGUUUUCUAAACUUGUCCUUCCUAGUCUCUCCCAAAGAAAAUCAGAGCAUCUUCAACUCUUCAUCUGUGCUUUUUGUCUUUGUAACAGAACUAUUGUCUGUGGACCACACAUUAUGGCAGAUCUGACUACUGUCCUAUAGCUUGCCUUUCACUCUAGCUGCUGGUCCUCUGUCAAAGGUCACAUCUGACGGUUGUCUUUAUCUGUUCCAUCCUGCCUGUACUCUCCUUUUCACCUCUUUUAGGCCUGAUUUAGGAGACAGCUAUGAGAAAAAAUAUCAAUUCUCAGGUACCCUUAGUUUAUAUGUAAAGAGAGAAUUCGCCACUGGAGACAAUGUUUUUCAAAAGCUAAGAUCUUUAAGAAAAUGCCAGUCGGUUUGUAUAUAAAUGGAGCUAAACGGAGGAAAAUCAAACAGACGUCACAGUAUUGGCUAAGGUGGGCUUCAGCUUCUCUUUUACACUGCCACCUACAGUUUUGCAAUGUCUUGGCAGCAGACAUACUUGUGUGAACACAGUGUUUUCUGUUAAUGGAUAUGUAUGCACGGAAUUAUUUUUGAAAACAGAGUGGGUGAAAUGUAUGUUUCUGAAAAUGUUGAUAAAUGUUGGCUUAAUCUCUAUCCAUCAAUCCUAUGACUGAUUCCAAACACAACUCAUCAGCUUUGACUCCCUCUACUCCUCACUUCUGCUGAGCUUCAUUCCUCUCCAGCUUGCACAUUGAGCUGAUGUCCUUAUAUUGAUCAACGAAUCACUACAAAUGAUGCUUUAAGUUGCAAGUUUCAUUUGUAUUUAUGCCCCCUAGCAAGGGCCUCAGGUAGAUUCCCUCUGGACCCUGCCCCCCUCACUGCUGAGGAGCCUUCUCGUCGCCCUCAUAUCACUUAUAUUUUUCAUUCUUAAGUGGCUGGUAAAUAAAUUUUACGUUUACUUCAAUAAGAGACUGUAUAAGCUACUUUUUUUUUUGCUAUGGCUUUCUCUAGAAUGCGCUCUUGGGUAUAUAAGGACUCAAUGUAGACUUUUGCAUGUGUUCACUUAUUCGUUUAGAUAAUUUGAUUUACUACAAGACUAUUCCUCUUUUUCAUUUUCUUUUUGUACAUGUGAAGUGGUACAGACAAAUAUUUAACCUUGGUUUUUUGGUCAUGGAAGUUAAUGGCCUCAACGUGCACAAUGUCCCACAAUGUUUUUGUAGCAACAUUUGAUUUUAAAUGACUGUAAGCUGUGUAGGUGAGGACACAAUCACACUGUGCAACAUGCUCUGAACAAUGUAACUAUUUUACAUCUGCAGUGGUGUAUUCUUUUAUUUUGAGAAGAGUUAAAACUGUGAGCACUGCAUAAUGCCUAUACAUACAUGCUGAUGGAACACACGCCAAAGCAAAAUUCCUGUAUUAUGCAACACAGGAAUAAAAUAUUUUUCAUUCGA